AUGGACGAACAGCAGGACGAUGAGACAUCCUCAGAGUCACGACCACCGUCGCCAUUCGCUGGCGAAGCUGCAGAAGGCGAUCACGAUGUGCAGAUGAUGUGGAUAAAAGUUGGAGACGACAAGGCCGUGGAGGUGAUCAACAAGAUCAGAACACUAUCGACCAAGCAGGUGUUCACCCACUACAGCUGCCCACGCGUGUUCAAAGGCACGAGAUUCGCGCGGACACCUCUUCCGGAGGGUGUCGCACAGCAGCUCAUGCAUAUGGGUGGUACCAAGUUGAGGGCGGCCCUGGGAGCCCUCUUUGAGAAGUACAAGUACCCAGGAGCGGAUGAUGAACAGUUCAUGCAGCAAGCCAUCAACGGCAGCGCCGGAGUGGCCAACUCCGUGGUCGAGAAGUUCUGCCUACCCCGGCCAAGCCAACUCACAGAUAACCAGGAGGUCCUGAGGCAAUAUCAGCCUCACCGGGCCCCAACAGCAGAGGAGGCGUAUGCCAUCGCAGCCCUCCUGCCGGUGACUGAGCGAGAAGCACUCGAAGCGGAGGUCACACGCUACCGCGAUGAGAUGAACGCCUUGGGAGAUGAAGAGAAGCAUUAG